AAGGAAUAAGCAUGCAAUAAUUCCACCAAGGUAGAUUAUAGCUUUUUUUUAACCGUAAAUCAUAAUCGCUUCUGAGAGCACACAAUUAAGCACCGAACUAGCCCGAUUGCUAUAUAUAUAACAAUAUUCGCGGGUUCUGCCAAGCACACUAAGUGAAACAAAGUGUGUUAAGAGAAUACGAACUAUCAUGAAAGGGAAAUCACUUCUAUUGCAUUUGUUCUACACUCUCUUGCUGUUUCUUGGAGCGUUUAGGUUAUCAUCAGCAGGGAAUGAUAGUAUUAAUGAUGACACUGAUAGUAAAGGAGUUUAUAUCGUGUAUAUGGGAGCCUCGGAUUCAACAAAUGCUUCUAUUCGGAAUGACCAUGCACAGGUUCUGAACUCAGUGAUAAAACGGAAUGAAAGGGCUCUGGUACGAAACUACGAACAUGGUUUCUCAGGGUUCGCAGCUCGUUUAUCUAAAGAGGAGGCAAAUUCCAUUGCUCAGAAACCUGGUGUCGUGUCUGUCUUCCCUGACCCCGUUUUGAAGCUCCACACAACACAUUCAUGGGAUUUCCUUAAAUACCAAACUCACGUCAAAAUAGACACCAACCCGAACACGGUCUCCAAUUCCUCUUCCUCGUCAGACACCGUCAUUGGCAUCUUAGACACGGGUAUAUGGCCUGAGGCGGCGAGUUUUAAGGACGAGGGCAUGGGUUCUAUUCCAUCCCGAUGGAAAGGUACCUGCAUGAAAUCACAAGACUUCAAUUCAUCAAAUUGCAACAGGAAGCUAAUCGGCGCAAGGUAUUACGCUGAUCCCGAUGGGGACGAAGAUGGGUCCGACAACACAGUGAGGGAUUCGAUUGGGCAUGGGACCCACGUGGCGUCCACGGCGGCGGGAGUCACCGUCACUAACGCAUCCUACUACGGUCUCGCGGCGGGGACCGCCUCCGGUGGGUCACCGGAAACUAGGUUGGCAGUUUACAGAGUGUGUUCGAACUCAGGGUGUCGCGGCUCGGCGAUUCUUGCGGCGUUUGAUGAUGCCAUAGCGGAUGGGGUGGAUGUGUUGUCGCUAUCGCUGGGUUCGCCCUCUGUGUUUCGACCCGAUUUGACAUCCGACCCGAUUGCGAUCGGAGCGUUCCACGCGGUGGAGCGUGGCAUCGUGGUGGUGUGCUCCGCAGGGAAUGAUGGACCGAGCUCGUCCACGGUUGUGAACGACGCGCCUUGGAUUUUAACCGUUGCAGCCUCCACCAUCGACCGGGAUUUUCAGUCCAACGUUGUCUUGGGUGGCAACAAAGUGAUCACGGGCAGAGCCAUAAAUUUCUCUCCUCUUUCACAUUCACCGGAGUAUCCACUAAUAUACGGUGAAUCUGCCAAGACAAGUAGCACUGACUUAGCUGAAGCAAGACAAUGCCACCCAGAUUCAUUAGAAGGAAAUAAAGUCAAAGGGAAGAUUGUCGUCUGUGAUGGCAAAGAUGAUGGAUACUCAACCAGUGAAAAAAUUAGCAUAGUGAAACAGGUGGGAGGAAUAGGUGUAGUUCAUAUUACUGAGCAAAAUGGAGCAGUAGCAUCCAAUUUUGGGGACUUUCCAGCAACAGAGAUAAGUUCAAAAGAUGCUGCUACAAUCCUCCAGUAUAUAAAUUCAACAAGCAAUCCAAUGGCAACAGUUCUACCAACAGUUUCAGUCCUUGAUUACAAGCCUGCUCCUGUGGUGAUAUACUUUUCAUCAAGAGGACCUUCAACGCUUUCAAAAAAUGUUCUCAAGCCUGAUAUUGCAGCACCGGGAGUUAACAUUCUUGCAGCAUGGAUUGGAAAUGACGCAGAAGAUGUUCCAAAAGGGAAAAAACCUUCGCUUUACAACAUAAUCUCAGGUACCUCUAUGGCUUGCCCACAUGUUUCAGGGCUUGCAGGCAGUGUCAAAUCUCAGAACCCCACUUGGAGUGCCUCUGCAAUCAAAUCUGCCAUCAUGACCUCAGCAAUUCAAAACAACAACUUGAAGGCUUCCUUAACAACGGAUUCAGGGUCAUUAGCCACACCCUAUGACUAUGGAGCAGGGGAAAUGACAACAUCUGAACCACUGCAACCAGGGCUAGUUUAUGAAACCAGCACCAUUGACUACUUGAACUUCUUGUGUUACAUUGGACUAAAUAUAACCACCGUUAAGGUCAUCUCAAGAACUGUUCCUGAUAGUUUCAGUUGUCCCAAGGAUUUGAGUUCUGAUCAUAUCUCCAACAUCAACUAUCCUUCCAUAGCAAUCUCAAACUUCUAUGGGAAAGGACCCGUGAACGUGACUAGAACUGUUACAAACGUUGGUGAAGAAGAUGAAACAAUAUACUCCUCCGUUGUCGAUGCUCCCAGUGGUGUUCAUGUCACGUUAACUCCAGAUAAACUUCAAUUUACAAAAAGUAGUAAAAAACUAAGCUACCAAGUCAUUUUCUCCUCGACUUCGACCUCGUUGAAGGAAGAUCUGUUUGGAUCCAUUACAUGGACUAAUGGUAAAUAUAAUGUUCGAAGUCCUUUUGUGCUAACUAAAUAGUGAAAUUAAAAGUAACGAUGAAUAA